GAAACGCGGACGUGACGUCAUAGAUAAGUACCUCUGUAGCUGUCUGUCUUCCGCCUACCAGCCAGGCGAGCACAGUGUGAGUCGCUCUUUGGGUUAACACCACACAAAAACCUCUUCUGGCUGUCAACGCGGGCAGAGCCGACGCUGCCCUGAGAGUCUUUUUUCCUCUCCUCAGAUCGGCCUGUGACCAGCUUUCCAAAUGGGUGACGGGGAGUGUGACUUCUUCUGCUUCUUCCGCUGCUGCUGAGCGUGGUCUCUACGCAGCUCUGACAGACGGGAAGGCAAGCUGCCUCUGAACCGCGACACGAGCAAGUGCAAAGGUGCGUGGGAGACACGGGGAGUUGGAGCUUCAAACGAGCCAUUUAAACUAAUCGGACCACUAGGAAUCCGACAGGUAGGCCAGUUGUCUACCUGUCCGGGUGAUUGAUUCAAUCGACUGGAUGUCUGUGGACAUGAACAGCCAGGCGUCGGACAGUAAUGAGGAAGACUUCGGGGUGAACUCUGAAGAAGAAGAGGAUGAGGACGAUGGAGGAGAGGAGGAGGAUCAGGGCGACAUUGCAGGCUACUAUGAAGGCGUGGCCAGCGACGUGGAGCAACAGGGAGCUGACUCCUUCGACCCUGAGGAGUACCAGUUCACCUGUCUGACCUACAAAGAAAGCCAGUGGGUGCUGACAGAGGAGGUUAACACUGUGGCUGCUGCACUGAAGGUUUUACCAGCGGUAGCAAAAUUGAUCCUGGUGCAUUUUCACUGGCAGGUUACACAAAUACUGGACAGAUAUAAGUCCAACUCAUCUCUGCUGUUGUCGGACGCUCUGGUCCAGCCCAGCAGCACCUGCAGAUCAGUCACUGCCCCUCAGUCCCUCCAGUGUGGUGUGUGUCUACAGGUCGUCCGGAGAGACUCUCUGCUGGCACUGCCCUGCCAGCACUCCUUUUGCAAAGCAUGCUGGGAGCAGCACUGCACUGUACUGGUCAAAGAUGGCAUGGGAGUGGGUAUCUCGUGUAUGGCUCAGGACUGUUCCCUGCAGAUGCCAGAAGACCAUGUCCUGCCACUGCUGCCAGCAGAGGAGCUGAAAGACAAAUACAGACGCUACCUCUUCAGAGAUUACGUCGAGAGUCACUUCCAGUUGCAGUUGUGUCCGGGUGCAGACUGUCCUAUUGUCAUCAAGGUGCAGGAGCCACGGGCGCGCAGGGUGCAGUGUAGCCGCUGCAGUGAAGUGUUCUGUUUCAAAUGCCGUCAGAUGUACCACGCACCCACAGACUGUGCAACGAUCCGGAAAUGGCUGACCAAAUGUGCAGAUGACUCGGAGACGGCAAACUACAUCAGCGCGCACACUAAAGAUUGUCCUAAGUGCAAUAUCUGCAUUGAGAAGAACGGAGGGUGCAAUCACAUGCAAUGCUCCAAGUGCAAACAUGACUUCUGCUGGAUGUGUCUUGGUGACUGGAAGACUCACGGCAGUGAAUACUAUGAGUGCAGCCGCUACAAAGAAAACCCUGAUAUAGUCAACCAGAGCCAGCAGGCUCAGGCCAGAGAGGCCCUCAAGAAAUACCUCUUCUACUUCGAGAGGUGGGAGAAUCACAACAAAUCUCUGCAGUUGGAGGCUCAGACGUACCAGAGGAUCCAGGAGAAGAUCCAGGAGAGAGUGAUGAACAACCUGGGAACCUGGAUCGACUGGCAGUACCUGCAUAACGCUGCAAAGCUACUGGCUAAGUGUCGUUACACACUGCAGUAUACGUAUCCUUACGCCUAUUACAUGGAGUCCGGCCCACGCAAGAAACUGUUUGAGUACCAGCAGGCCCAACUUGAAGCAGAGAUAGAAAACCUGUCAUGGAAGGUGGAGCGGGCUGACACUUAUGAGAGAGGAGUUGUGGGAGGCGAGGGGGAGCUCAGCGCCAGUGACAGAGGGGAUCUGGAGAAUCAGAUGCACAUUGCUGAGCAGAGGCGACGCACGCUGCUGAAGGAUUUCCAUGACACCUGAAGCUCCAUCGCGACUGCAAAGCACCAGCAUCUCCCUCCUUACUUCCUACCUUUCUUCCUUGCCUCUUACCUUUGCUUCCUUCCACGUCCAUCCCUCAGUGCAGUCAUACUGACCCCUUCUUUUUGCUUCUCUACAGUCACUCAUUUGCUUCUUUCUUUCUGUCUUUCCCUCCUCUCACUCCCAUAAUGCUGCAGGGUCACAGAAUGGCACGAUUGUAUCUUCCCUUCCUCCACUUAUCCUCACUUACACAUUUUGGCUUUCAAACCAUCACAUUCACCGUGGUUACACCUGUUGCUUCUUCUCAGAUCGGUGAAAUUUUAAGGGUCUUGUCAUGCGUGAAAACACUGGGUAUAUAUAUAUUUUUUUUGCAUUAGUCAUUCAGACACUGAAAUUAGCAGCUAAAAGCAACAUGGUGCCUCUUGAAAAGAGAAGAUCUGAUUAAACAGAAAUGUAAAGGUGCUAUGGAUGAAGAAGCUUUUGAUACUAAGCAGACAAGGAAGAUGCGGGAGAUUAAAUAAAUUUUCUUUAAGGAGACUGUUGAUUGUGGAUCUGUAUUUGGUGGUUUCACAUAGACUGUAAUGACUUAUCAGGCUGUUCACUGGCAGUUGUAUCUGUAACACUUUACUGCUUUAGCCUGGACACAUGCAAAGUGGAUAUUCUGAAUUUAUUUCACAUUUAAAUUUCAGUUACAUCUCCUAAACUGCAAAAGAUUGAUUUUAAAGGAAACUAAGGAAAAUGAUUACAGCAAAAAGAUGGAGUGAUUCUGGAAGAAGCUGCUUGUUUACAUCAGCAGAACACAGAAACUGUGCCAGCUAGUGAAGUGUGAUACCUGUGGAUGAAACAUGUCAGAUUAUGAAGACCUUUCAUUGUAAAAGUGCUUUAAAAAAAAUCUGCCAUAAACAUGUACGUGGUGUGUUUACUGUGGAAAAAUGGUGACCUCACAGCUCCACAUACUCCUUAAUAUACUUGAAAAAGAAAAAACAACAAUAUUUUGCUACGUAUGAUGCAUGUUCAUGUACACAAAAUACUAAUAAAAUGAAUGUGUGUUUAGAUGAUAACUUUUUUAGAUUUGGAUGCCAGAAUUCCACAAUAAACACACCUCUUGUGGCACCAUACCUCACCUGUUACAACCACUACUGCCAGCACAUAGUUGCUAGUCAUUGUGGUCAAAGUAAAACUUACUGAAUUACUUAGUCCUCUUCUUGUCUCUUUAAGUUCUCAUAUUAUAGAUCCAGACCAGUGUGAGCAUUAAAAACCUAACAUCUGUACCUCCACCGAUCACAUGAAGAAGUUGAAGCAGCAAGUGUAAUCUCAGCCAUUCACGUACACUACAGCACCAUCUAUUGACAUAGCAUUUGCACGCACACAUGGACACACUCAUGCUCAAACACUCCGCUGCAGAAAAUAAACGUUAACCGUUAAUUUGUCUCCUUCAACCAUCUCGUGCUCUCUCCUCUUUCGUUCUUUACAGUCACCCCCCUCUCACUUUAUUUUGCUCUUUCUUUUCUCUCUUCUUCCUGCUCACAUUGUUCACUUUUCUUCUGGAAAAUGGCUGUUGAUAGAUAGAUCAUUUAAAAAAAAAAAAAGAAAAAAAACCCCCAACAAAAAUACAAAAAAAUUGUUGUAAUUUUCAACGGUUGUACAUUAAUACAGAAAUAGAGUUACUGAGAGUUUUUAAAACCGGA